GCUCGCAGGGAGGAGCCCCCCCCCUCCCACAAGCCACCGCCCCCCAGCAAGAAGAGCGACCACGGCAGCAACAUCCGCAUGAUGCCGCUGGAGAACGACAACAAGGAUGAGGAGCUGCAGAAGAUGCCACUGCAGUCGCAGUACUACGACACCGGACGCGCCCAACUCCAACUACCCGGACCACACGGUUUACGACAACGAUGAGGACGGAGAUGAGAAGCAGUACAUGACGUUCCCCGAGCGAGAGCGGUACCCGAGCACGCGCCACGACUACGGUUACCAGGGCGAGCAGGAUGACUACGAGGGGCUCGAGGAGCAGAUGAACCCCGUGUACAACGCGCUGUCCUACGGCGAGCAACCGGGGCCCUACGGCAGCCCCGAGCCCAGUGACACCCGCGGACCCUACAUCAGCCCCAAUGUGCACUAUGUAUAGCAGCAGCACACACACAGCAGCAGCACACACACAGCAGCACACAGCAGCACACACAGCACACCGUGAUGAUGCUCGCCUUGUCACGAGGAGGAAAAGAGGCACGGGGUGGCUCACGAGGUGAGCGGGGGGGUGAGUCUAGGGGCUGACGUGAGUAUAACACAACUUGCUGGGCGAUUCAUUUAUGAAUACCCCACUGAUAUCUAAUGACCCUCUUACUUUCGUCUCAACCACUGAUUGAGUAGAGUGAAUGCCACGGUGGCUCAUCUUAAAGGAGAAUGGAGUUAAGCGAUUUACUAAUUUUGUGAGUUGAGAUUGCUGGGAAACGUGUCGAGGUUUUGAAGAACUAAAUGGGGUUUUUUUUCCUCCAUUACCCCCACACCGCCCGUUAUUUUAGUGGGGUAUCUGUAAAUGGAUCGCCCUGUAGAUCCCCCCCGUCUACUUACGUCAAACCCGAAUCGAUGCCCGAUCUUGGCGAAGAUGUCGUUUUUAAAAACUCUAAAACGUGAAAUAAAUAAAAAUGUUGACGGCGUGGGCGGGCGUCACGAUGAUCGUAGUAGCGACGACGGAGCGGCCAUUUCCUCCGUGCAGCCAUCGUCACUUCCCCCGCAAUGGACAGGCGGGGGUCCUGGCGGUGGGAUGUGGCUGUCGCCUUGGUAUUAAAUUUUUACGUUUUCCUGCAGCUGUGCUCAAUUGAGGUUUGAGGAUGUGGAGGAAGAGGAGGAGGUGGGUGGGGGGGAGUGGGGCCCAGGGCAACGAUGAUUCGAGGCCCUGAACGUCCAUCCCUGUGGUUGGUGGGGGUGGAGGUCUUCACGCAUUGCCGUGUCCCAGUAUCCCAAUUGACGGGUUGCAUCCCAGCUCGGUUCCUGAUGGCUUCACGCACCUCGCCUCCAAUUCGUCCCAUUAACUGCCUGCUUGGCUACCCUCUCAGCUGCUCCACACGGACCCCCCUGGUUACCCGAUCACCCACGACUCCCAGAUCAUCCCCACCACAUUCGCCAGGAGUGGUGUAAAACGGGGUUCGUCGUACUCGGAGGAUUGCAUGGGCUGGUAUUGAACCCCCACUAGAUAGUUGCGUGGCACACAGCACGUGGGCACCACCACCGUUAAGAGUCGGUACAUGAUAAGCUCAUUGUUUAAAAUAGAUUUUUUUGUGUAACGCUCACAAAUACCCGUGUCGGACCAUGCGCGUGGGGAUCUGUUUAAUUGUUGUCGGCUCGCGUAGUAGCGCAUGCGGGCGUGACCCCGAGAUGGGCACGACCCCCAGGGGGGUGCCACCCCCGGGCAGGCGCGAUCCCCGGGUGCCGGUGACUCUUACCCAUGCCAACGUUAACGAGGCCCUCUCUCGAACGAGGAUGGAUGUUUUGGAGACAACGCACACACAAAGGUGUGUUGCGUGUGCAAGAACUCUCAGCCUUAUGCAGGCGGCAAAACCAGCAGUUCAGAAGAACUGCGUUAUAAUGAUAAUUUUGUCAUUGACAGCCAUAAAUUGGUCGGCCACAUUUUCUCAAACAUUAAUGAGCUCUCAAGACAAAUUUCCACAGUUCUUCUGAAGGAGGGGGUUUUGCUUCACGCGUGAGACUGAGCGCUCUUGUAGACGCAGUGCUGCACACCUGUGUGUGUCUUGCUUAAUCUUUUUUUUCCUGGCCUGCACUGAUUGUAUUGCCAUGGCUGUACUAUCAAUUAACGAUGUAAAUAGAAUAGUUGUAAGCACGAUUACAUGCACACGUAUAUGUAGUCGUUACUCUGUCCAGGAAAGGCUCGACGAGUCUGAAGGCUUGCAUGCAGGAGGGUCCUGCUAUCCUGCGAUGUUUCACCAAUCCCUUGGACACCGCGGAGCUUGCGGCCCCCGUCCCCUGCAUUGGGGGCUCGGCGCGCCCACACUCUGCAUCGCCACGUGCAGACUACGGUAAUUAGGAAGAAAUAGUGCCCCCCCCCUUCAACAUCCCCCCCCCCCGCCUCAACACCGCCCCCCCAUCCUACCCACCCACCACCCUUCCCCCACGGCCCACCAUGUCCACAACAAUCCCCUAAAACAUUUAAAUGAGGCCAUCCAAUAUUAAUGCGUCCGUAUCUCUCGCAAUUCUGCGACUCUCGGGGUUCAUUAGAGAGAUAACAGAGACGAUGUUCAUAAUAAUCAUCGCGCUGCACAAUGGUGCGUUUAAAGACUCGGGGCCCGCCUGUAAUGGCGGGUUGUGCCUGGACAGAGCCAAUUAGGCGAGGGGAUUGGCAGGCGAACGGCGGCGUUGUGAUUGCUCCGUGACUCGAGAAGGGAUGUCUGUGUGGGCGUGCGUGUGUCGCGUAACGACGAUGGGCUGCGUCAUUUUAAAUGGGGAAUUGAUGUUGCUCUGAGAUUAGCCUGUCUCGAUAUCAUCAUCAUCGGUCAUGGUCAAUCCACUGCUGGAUGAUGGCCUCCCGUCACCAUUUCUCACGAUCCCGUGAUGACGGCAAUAAUCCAUCUAGCACCGGCACACGAGAGCUGCUUCCGUCGCUCCGUCCCCUCGCUCCGUCUCCGUACUGGGUGCAGAACGUCCCCUUGGGACGCGUGUCCACUCCGUCGUUAGUUCUUGACCGCCGUCCCUUGUAACCGUGACGUGACCUGCCCAGUGCCACGUGUCCUCGUCGCAACACCGCUCGCCCUGAGUAAAGCGAUACCCGGCGUGUGGGGACUCGCGCGCGCACACACGGCUUGUCAUCUGUUAGAUGCACCUGCCAUUCUUCCACUCCGGUGGUGGGUAUCCAUCUAGGACCCCGAACUGAAUGAUGAAGUUGCAAGCGGUGGCGCAGUGGUUAGCGUGCUGCACUAUGAUCCCGGCGAUCGGAGUUCAAUUCCCUCUCAUGACCAACAUUGAAUAUUAUCUAAGCCGGUCCCGAGCCUCCCCUAGGUCGACUCAGCCUCAAAUGAGUGCCUGGUGCGGUGUGUAAACAUCGCCACUAAGGAAACAAUGGCAGCCGGGAGUGGUGUUGGUCACCCACCCCCUAAUUUGCCGCGCCGGCCUUCAUAGGUGCUUGCUAUAACAGCACUUGGCCCAACAGUCUGUUAAAGGCUAUACGGGGGACGGGGGGGGGGGCCUUUGUGUUUGUAAGCGCGCGUGUGCUUCACGGGCUGCACCUGCGCCAGACAGAUCCAAUGCCUGAAGCCGAAAUUACAUUUAGGAUGCAUCAGCCGACUACAAACAUGCAUGCCGGACAAAGGCGUGUCUUAAUUGUACCGCAGUCGUGUGAAAUAAUCGCGGUGAAAUACUUUACAAUUCCAACGAGUGUAGUGGUGGCGUUAUUAGAAUGGUGAUGCCUGGCCGGCGAUGACGAGUCGGCCAACAUUGCCCUCUCCUGGAGAGGAGGUUCUCUCUCCCGCUACCACUGCUGCCCCGAGCCAGCCGCAGGGCAGUGUGGGGACGAUGCGCCGUGGUGCUGCUGCUGUCGAGGAGGAGGCGGCGGCGAGUCAGGGCUCCUCUGUUGUCGUUGCGCACCUCCCUCUCCUUGUGUCGUGAGUGGGGGACCGCCCCGUGAGCUAUUUGGGGGGGACCCUAAAAUGUUGCUUGCUUUGCUUGUUCCCAGCACCAUCACUAUUGUACACAAAAUAUGAACAUUUAAAUAUAAAAAACGAGAACUAUUUCUUUUUGUAAAUGAAUGACUAGCGUCACGUGAUUGUAACGAGGAUGGCUGUAGCAGACGAUAGCUGAAUCACGUGCGCGCGAGAGAGCGCGCGGUCUUUUAUACGGGCGUGCGCGGUGUACCCAUGAACUGUGAUAAAGCCCGGUGAUUGUUCGUUGUGAUUGAGGGGUUGGGGUGGUGGGUGGUGGCUAUGGGGCCUGUGUGACUCGCGCUCUGAAUCUAACGCUGUUAAUCUGUCCCACGUGUCCGGGGUGUUUGGCUUUAAGUACUUUUUCGUUACCGUUCGUCGUUAUGAUGAUGAUGAUGAUUAUUGUUGCUGUUAUGAUUUUUCCAUUGUCUGACACUCGUAUCCUCUCCACCCGCUUUUUAACAACUGCUGUACAUAUAUAUUCACGGUUAUUCCGGAAACGUUUAGCCAACAGGCAGUGUCUGAAUAAAGUCUGUAAUCGGAUACGUUGA